UUUGUCCCCACUUUGGUUCGGAAAUCUCAAGUUAGUCCCUUUAUAGAAAAGUGAGUUGAAUGGAUCCUUACUUGUAAUUAAUUGACUCUAAUGAGUCCCUUCCGUUAAAUAGAAGGAAACGGAGUUAGUGGACUGAUGAUGUGGCAGUUGUCUUUGGUGAGGUGUCAAUACGCAAUUGUUUGCGUGCUUACGUGGUGUUAGGGUUCCCCAUUUUCAAAUUGGGUUGUAUUAAAAAUUGGGGAUAAAGGAUUUGGAGCUGAUUUGUUUGAGAUUAGGGCAUGUCCGAGAAAGAAGACAGAGGCAGACAGUGAUCGUGGGAAGACGGAGCAGUGGUGGUUCGCGGUUGGCGUUGGAAAGAAAGUCCAAGAGAGAUAGAUCCAACACUCUUCACUUUCUUUUCUCUCUUUCUUUUGUCUUUUUCGUUUUUUGUUUUAAAUAAUAUAUUAAAGGCGACAACAUUCGUUUCCUCGCCAUAGCCACAAAAGUUACAGUUUUUGUCGUUCAUUAUAUCCAUCCCAUUUCGCUCCCAUAGCCCUAACCCAUCUGUGAGUUUUCCAUGCUUUCUUUUACGCUGCAUUUUACAAUUUUCCUUUUCUGCGAUGUUCGAGAAUCAAAUUUAUUUUUUUAUUUUUGCUACUCUUGUAAAUCUGUUCCGUUGCUAUUUUAGGGGUUUGAUCCAAGUUAGAACAACUGCUCCUGCAUUCGCACUAGCUUACAUGUUAUUACACAUGCAUUAUGAAUACCUUGAAUCCAACAACUAUUUUCUACAAUGUUAUUUUAAUUUCAGAGCGUAUAUAAGUUAUUAGAAAUUGUAAAAUUUAAUAAUUUUUGGGUAUGAAUCAUUGCCAUAUUGAUCUCAUUUAAAUGAUAACAUCGCUUAACAACUGUUAAAAUAUUGUGAGAAUGUCUCUGCCCUUGAAGUUUUGAAUUGUUUUGUCUGCUGCAUAAAAAAACAAUGUUUAACUUUUCCCACUAGGAAAUUUGUUUGUUCAGGUGCUGAAAUACUUACAUUUUCUUUUCUUUCUUGUUUUUUUUUUCAAAGGAAGGAGUUAGUGUUUCUGGAUAUAUUUUCUAGAGAGAACUCUGUAAUUGGCAUUCUGGAAGAUGAACCAACAGAAUCAUGGAUUAGGUACUCCUUUAAAUGUUCCAGUGAAACGAAAACGUGGUCGACCAAGAAAAGAAGGAAGUGCAGUUCAAGGGGAGAAUGUAGCUGUAAUUCCUGAUUCUGACAAAUGUGUUGUACUCGAGCCAAACAACUGGUACAACUAAUGAUUGUGACGAUGAAAUGGUAGGGAAGUUAGUUAGUGGUGUCAUUGAAGGAACUUUUAAUGCUGGAUAUCUUCUUAAUGUUAAGGUAGCAAACACUGAUGCUGUUUUAAGAGGCCUGGUGUUUGUACCAGGUCACUUUUCACCUGUUUCUGUAGAAAACGACGUGGCUCCACAUGUCAAAAUGAUCAAAAGGAAAGAGAUUCAUAUUCCAGUUGUUAACCCACAUGCAGAGAUACAUGGCUCUUCUGUUCCCUCAUCAGUACAAUUCAACAAACAACCUUUUGAGCCAGAAUUACGGGUACCUGUGUCUGAAGAGCUAGUGCCACCAACUGAUAUUCAUUCUAGCAUCUCAGAAGUACCUGAGAAUCAAUGUGCCUCUACUUUGAUAGCCAUUUCAAUUUCCAGUGGAGGAAUUCCACAGGGGACAUCUGAACCUAGACAUGUGAAUCAGUCCACGUCUAUCAUGUCAGAGUUUGAUCAUGACAAAACGAUCAAACAAGAUGAAACACUUCAUGAACUUGAUGCCUACAGACAGGUAAAAGAAUCUGAUGUGGAUGGUGGAGAAACAAAAGACUCAGAAGCAGCAUCUAAACUCAUCAACCUGGUUCCAUCAAUUGACAACACCAAUAAGGAGAUCGGAACUGGACAGCAGGUUGUUCCUUGUGUACAUCAUCCUGUUACUGAGCUCUUGGUAUGUGAAGAAAUAUAACUUGUUGCCGGUUGGUCCUGUUGCAAAUUAUGAACUCUUCGCUUGUAUGAAUAUCAACAAUUGGGUCA